CCCACCUCGCUCUCGUUCGUGCUACUGCUGGGUUGUCAUCCUCGGCUGUACGUGUGCGUACGUGAAUGUGCGAUGAAGAAGAGGACGUAUUUGCGUCCGUGAUUGCGUGCGUGCGUGCGUUCGUGCGUGCGUGCGUUCGUGCGUGCAUAAAUCUCUCGGAAAGAGGGUACCCCGCUGCCGUCCGCCUGUCCCCCUGUCUGCGCAAGGUGGUGGUGGGUACACGGAAGCAAAGUGGGGAAAAAAUGUGCCCGUGAAGAGUGUUGGUGCUUACAACAAGAGUGGUGUGGAAUGAGAAGCAGAAGAAGUAGUGGAAGAAAAAGAGGCAAAAGAAUGAACGCACAGACUGUGCGGGAGAGAAGAAAUUGCAUUGAUCUAGGAAAUAGCAGUAAGUUAUGCAUAUUAUAAAUCAGCAUGAAUGGAAAAGGCGGCAAAGUUCCGUUGUCAGUGGCGCGCCACUCGACGUACAACGCGAUAGCACUGGAGCAGAUCAAAAACGAGUUGAUGCCGUACGAGACUGGCCAAGCAUUGGGUGGUAGUCAACAGCUCGUCGCACCGUUGAAGCGCAAACCAAGCAUCGAGAAGGAUGCACCGCAAUCGCCGCUGCACAUGCAGCGCACCAGCCCGGCCCUCGAUUCCGGUGCCGGCAGCUCGCGCUCCAACAGUCCCCACUCGCAGCAACCGUUCUCGACGGCCAUGGUGGUCGGGCGCAGCUCGCAAUACUCCCCAUCGCCCUGUCCGACCAACUUUAGCGAUGCGCCGCCCAUACCGCCACCGCGCUGCUCCUCCACACCGUCCACUCCUCAGCCCCCGAACCCGAUGCAUAUGCUGAAGCGCAUGUCACCGGCCUCGGUCGCAUCCGGUCGGAACGGGCAGUUUGGUGGGCCGGCCUCGCAAUCGCCUGCCCGCGGUUCCUCGCCGAUUGCCAGCGGUGGCAACCAUCAGCUACGGCAGCCGAUCAUCGUGCAGAAUGGGCCGCAGGUGCAGCAACAGCUGAGCCAGCAGAUGGCAGUCUACACCGGCAACGAACCACCGCCACCGUACCCGCAGCAGAUUGGACCGUCGUCACCACCCAACUACCUGACGUCGUUCCACAGCCGCCAAAGCCCGACCCAAUCGUCGACGCAGUCGGACUUUCGCAAAAGUCCUAGCUCGGGCUUCUACUCGAACGCAUCGAUCGGCUCAUCCAGCCCGAUUACCGUUUCGCAGGGCAGUGGUGGGGGCGGCGGGGGUGGAGCUGGAGGUAGCGGGAUGGGUGGUGGUUCGAUACAGCGACCGAUACCACUGCAACCGAAGCCGUCAACCGUGCAUACACCUGCCUCGAAAGCGGCCCAGCAUCCGAUCAUCAUGCACUCGGUCAAAUCGACCCAGGUCCAGAAGCCAAUACUGCAAACGGCCGUCGCACCGCCUGCACCGGCCGGAGGCGUGUCUGGUGGUGGUGGUGGUGGCGGAGGUGUUGGUCCACCGCCACCCUCGUACGCCGUCUCGGUGCAGCACAAGUUGAAUAAGGCGGCAUCCGGGUAUGCCACACCGCCCCCACCUUCGCAAUCGGCCCACGCGCACGAUGGUACUACGUCUAGCAGGCACACCGCCGUUGGACCGCUGGGAGCAGGAGGUCCCUCGGGAGCGCCCGGUACGGGCAGCAGUGUCGUUCCGAAGCAACCACUGCGAGCGAAACCAUCGCUGCCCGGGCUACAAACCGUGCUUCCUUCCAAUGUGCCAGGCGUGCAGACCACCGGCGGUGGUGGUGGUGGUGGUGGCGGGGGUAGUGUGAAUGGUCAUCAAUCGUCACCCGCCCAACCCCAGGUGCUGUCCAGCGGUGGUGGCAACAGCAGUAGCAACAACGGAUCGCCCAACGAUCCUCCGUCGUACGAUUCGACCAUGAUACUGUUGCAAAAACAUUCAUCGCCCAAGAAAGAACCUCCGCCGGCGUAUUUGCUGGAUGGUGGUGGAGGGACACCACCUCCGUUACCACCCUCACCACACUGUCCCCCGUCGGCGAUGGAAUUGGAGCAACAGCAGUAUCGAAACGGUAGCGGCAAUGGGAGUAACAAUCACCACCAGUCACAUCAGCAGCACCACCUGCAGAACCAUCUGCACCAUCAGCAGCAGCAGCAGCACCACAAUGGGCACGGCGAUGGUGGCGUGAACGGCAGUGCGAACGGUAACCUGUCCAGCAGCAACACCAGUACGAACGGUAGCAGCAGCAGCAGCAGUAGUCAUAACGCGAACGCUAACACUAUUAACAGUAAUAUGAGUAGUAACACUAACGCAAAUGCAAAUAAUAAUAUAAAAAAUAGUAUGCACAACAACAACAAUCACGAUCAUCAUGGUGGGAGCGUGAUGAUCAGCAAUGGCAAGACGCCCGGUUUAUCGCGAACGGCGAUAGAUGAGGACCGGCUGGCGCAGCACCAUCACCAUCACCAUGUGCAGCAGCAUCAUGGUGUCACCGCCAGCAACGGGCUGAUGCAGCAACAUUCGGCCGAUCCGAAACAGCUGCCCAAAGCGCCGCCAAAAUCGAACAACGGUAAUGCUGGCUCGCAGCACGCUUUUACCGGUGCGCUUAAAAGCCUUGGUGCACUGAUGGGAGCAGGGGGCGGACAACAGCAGCAGCAGCAGCAGCAGCAACUAAACCAUCACCAACAGCAACAUCAUGCGGUAACGCAUGACGCUUCCAAGCAACGCGUCGGCAUGGCAACGACAGCGGCGGCUGCUGGCAGUGGCGUUCGAAGUAGUCUCAUGAAAACGGUACGCUUUCCGGCUGGUAACAGUAAUGGGCCGGCAGUGGCGGCAGCACCGGCCUACACGAACGGUGCCUCCGGUAGCGGUAUGGAUCACGCACCUUCGGGUGGCAGUAGCGAAUCAUCCGCGUCGGCCACAACGCCAACCGGCGCACCAUCCAGUACACCGGUCGUUGGAAACGCUUCGUCUAGCGGUGGCAGUGCCGGUGGUGGUGGAAGUGGUGGUGGCGGUGGUGGAGGGGGCGAAGAUAAUCCACGCAAGAUAAAGCAUCAAUCUCCCAUACCGGAGCGCAAGAAUCUGUCCAAGGAAAAGGAAGCGGAACGGUCCGAAUGUAAGGUGAAGCAUUACUCGCCCCAGGCGUACAAGUUCUUCAUGGAGCAGCACAUCGAAAAUGUGCUCAAGUCCUACUCCCAGCGCAACUUCCGCAUCAAGCAGCUCGAAAGUGAAAUGUCCAAGCUCGAUCUGCCGGAGGAGACGAAGAUCGAAAUGCGCAAGCUGCUCUGCCAGAAGGAAAGCAACUACAUUCGGCUAAAGCGUGCCAAGAUGGAUAAGUCAAUGUUUGCCAAGAUCAAAACGAUCGGCGUCGGUGCGUUCGGGGAGGUAACGCUGGUGAAGAAGAUCGACACCACCAACCAUCUGUACGCGAUGAAAACGUUACGCAAGGCGGACGUGCUGAAGCGCAAUCAGGUGGCGCACGUUAAGGCGGAACGGGACAUCCUGGCCGAGGCGGACAACGAAUGGGUGGUGAAGCUGUACUACAGCUUCCAGGACAAGGAUAAUCUUUACUUCGUGAUGGAUUACAUACCGGGUGGAGAUCUCAUGUCGCUGCUGAUCAAGAAAGGCAUAUUUGAGGAGGAUUUGGCCCGGUUCUACAUCGCCGAGCUGACGUGCGCGAUUGACAGCGUCCAUAAAAUGGGAUUCAUUCAUCGAGACAUCAAGCCGGAUAAUGUGCUGAUCGAUCGUAAGGGCCACAUCAAGCUGACGGAUUUCGGGCUAUGCACCGGGUUCCGCUGGACGCACGAUUCAAAGUACUAUCAGAAGAGCGAUCACGCAAGGCAAGACUCGAUGGAAGCGUGGAGCAAAUUUGGUUCGGAAAUUCCCCCACCACUGGAAAGGCGAAAGUUCCGGGAGAAAAACCGCGCCAAAGCACACUCAAUCGUCGGCACGCCCAACUACAUCGCGCCGGAGGUGUUGCUGCGAAGCGGCUACACCCAGCUGUGCGAUUGGUGGAGCGUCGGCGUCAUACUGUACGAGAUGCUAGUCGGACAGCCUCCCUUUUUGGCAAACACUGCCGAGGAAACACAGAUUAAGGUCAUUAACUGGCGGCAAACGUUGCGCAUACCGGCGGAAGCGCAACUGACGCCGGAAGCGAAGGACAUCAUACUGCGGCUGUGCAAAAACGAGGACGAGCGGAUCGGGCGGAAUGUGGACGAAAUCAAGUCGCACCCGUUCUUCCGCACGAUCGACUUUAGCAAGGAUCUGCGCAGCCAGCAGGCACUGUACGAGCCGAAGAUCAAGUACCCGACCGACACGUCCAACUUUGAUCCGAUCGAUCCGGGCCGGUUGCAGGAUUCGUCCUCGUCGUGCGACGAGGGCGGGCACGGCAAUCUGGACGAGGUGUGCGACAGCGGGAAACCGUUCCACCACGGGUUCUUCGAGUUUACCUUCCGCCGGUUUUUCGACGACGAGUGUGAUCACAAAAUCACGCUCGACUCGAGCGAGGGACAGGCGGAAGCUAUUUAUGUAUAAAAUAAUGAUUACUAAUAUUAUUAAUCUAUUAAUUAUUACCGAACACACCGACACAAACCUACCCACACACAGACACACACAAAAACACAUCUACUAAACGCUAAAAUCCAUAAAUAUUAUUAUCUUCUCUUCUAAUCACACACACGAAGGACACGUUCUCUCAAAGCUGGAAGGAGAUUAGGGUGAAGUGCGGGGGGGGGGGGGGGGGUAUGGAGGGGAAGGGUAGGACAGAACGAAAUCCCGGGUUUCGUUAAAUAAAGUGCUCUUAUAAAAUUAUACGAAACCUCACACACACACACAUAAACACAAGAAAAUGGGGGGCCUUUUUGUGGCAAUGCGAAAGACGCGCAAGCCAAGCCUUUGUGUGUGUGUGUGCAUGUGUCCCCGCGGGAAACAACACCGGGUUAUAGAACCGAAAGGAAUCUAUAUCGGAUGUCGGAACACGGGGUCAACACGAUCGAAAGCUAGGGACUAUAUAUAUACAUAUAGGAAAAUGGGCAACACGCCGCCGCCUUCGGAUUGCCUUCAGUUUUUUUUUUAUCGUAGGGUUGUACACAUCAGUGCCGCGCUUCAGCAUAUAUAUAUAUAUACAUAUUACAGGAUUUGCGUGUUUGGACGAUGAUUAAUAUAACUAUUAUUAUUUUAUUACUUUUAUACGCGAAUUGUUGUACAGUGCAAAUAUGUGUGAUUCUGAAUUUACAGAGUAUUUAGACAGUAAGCUUGGGGGAGUGGGGGGAGACCGAGAGAGAGCGAGAGAGCGAGCGAGCGAGAGGGAUUUACAUAAAAACGGAUACACAAAACAAUCGGAAAGCACAGCACCCCAAACCUAGCCUAGGGGUAAACGUGUUCUGAAUCGCGUAAUACUCUCAGUAGAAUCGAAAUAUGGACACGAAACGCAAAACACGACGAGACAAGCAGGGGGGUAGAAACGGAAAUCACAGACAAUCAUACGGAAAUCAGUAAAAAGAGAAAAUAGGGUGUGAGAAAAAGGGAAAUUUCGAAAACAAAAUAGAAGCAAAGGGAGCAAACACAGAAACAUGUAGAAACACGAAUGAAAAAAAAACAGAUUGGAACAGAAGAGUAAAGCAGGGGGGUGAGGAAGAAGGGGGCUCCACUGCAACAGAUGGUGAAAAAGGAAGGCAGGUUUUAUUGUUGUUGUUGUUGUUGUUGAUGUUAUGAACACCGAUGAUAGCGGCGGAUCAGGAGAGAAAAAAAAAUGGAAUCAGAUGGAACUCAUUUGGCAAACAGACAGAUCAUCCUCCAGGAGGAACAGCAGGAGAAAUAGCAUCAGACGGUUUUGGCCUUUAAGCGAAAUAUUUAUGUGGGAUUUACAUGGCCGCGAACGAACGGUAGCAGAAGAUGGUGGCCACAAACACAACCCCCAUACACACGUACAGGCACGCGCGCGGUACCGUUUUUCUCAUCACAAAUAAAACGAGCGGAAUAAAAUCAAAAAUCGAUCGAA